AAGUGUUCCCUCUUGCUUUUAAGAGCAGCUGCUGAGAAAAAGUGGGUGAUUUUCUCCUCUCUCUCUCUCGGUCUCUCCAUAGCUUUUCCUACUUCCUUUUCAUUUGUCUUUCUUCUCAAAAUCCAUGGACACAGCUCAGUGGCCACAGGGGAUUGGAGUGGUUAAACCCAUGGAAAGCUCAGGGCCUGUGGCUGAGAGGAGGGCAAGGCCACAGAAGGAUCAAGCUUUGAACUGCCCAAGGUGCAAUUCAACCAAUACAAAGUUCUGUUACUAUAACAACUACAGUCUCUCACAGCCUAGAUACUUCUGCAAAACUUGUAGAAGGUAUUGGACAGAGGGUGGUUCUCUCAGAAAUGUUCCAGUUGGUGGCGGUUCAAGGAAGAACAAGAGGUCAACUUCUUCUUCUUCUUCAUCAUCAUCACCAGCUUCUUCAAAAAAAUUGCUUCCUGAUCAUCUUAUCACUAGUACUCCUCCAGGGUUUCCAUCAUCUGCUUCUCAAAACCCUAAGAUCCAUGAAGGCCAAGAUCUCAACCUAGCUUUCCCACCUCCUCCUGAGGAUUACAACAACAGCAUGUCUGAAUUUGCUGAUUUGUCCUACAAUGGUGACAGCAAACCCCACCUCCAAAACCCUACCCCAUCUUCAUCUUCAUCCCAUCAUCACCUCUCAGCCAUGGAACUGCUCAAGAGUACUGGGAUUGCUUCCAGGGGACUGGGUUCUUUCAUGCCCAUGUCGGUUUCUGAUUCAAAUUCAAUUUACUCAUCUGGGUUUCCUCUGCAGGAGUUCAAACCAACUCUUAAUUUUUCUCUGGAUGGGUUUCAAAGUGGGUAUGGGAGUCUGCAAGGAGUUCAGGAGAGUGGUGCAAGGCUGUUGUUCCCACUUGAGGAUUUGAAGCAAGUUUCAAACACCACUGAGUUUGAGCAAAGUAGAGGAGUUCAAGGAGACUCAGCUGGGUAUUGGAAUGGAAUGUUGGGUGGAGGAUCAUGGUAAAUAAUCUAGAAAAGAAAAAAAAAAAAAAAAAAAAGCAAUUAAGAAGAAGAAGAAGAAAAAGAAGGUGGUGGUCAAGGUGGGGUUCUCUUUCUCUUUGUUUUUCUCUUUCACUUGCUUUGCUGACUGGCUUGUUUGGAGUCGAUGAUGAUCAAAACUAACAGAUAGGGUACAUGGGUUUCUUUUCUUUUCUUUCAUUUGUUGUACUUCUUCAUGAAAUUUUUGCUUUUUAAAUUUUCUCUCUUUUACUUUCCUGUUAUCCCUUUAGUACUCUUUUCAUCAAUGUGGUGGUUUGAAGCUCAUUUUAGGUUUGGCUUCAAGAGGGGUGUCAAUGUCUUGGAAUGAUACUGUCUGUAUGUAGAGAUAGAGGAAAAGAGAGCCCAAGCAAAACCCAUAUCCCAUCUUUCAGAGAAACAAGCUUUGAUUCCCACUUGUUGGCCUUGCACCAGGCUUAAUUUUGGUUCAUAUGUUUCUUCAUCUUCUUCUUCUUCUAUUAUGUACAGCUAGCACCCACCCCAUUGUUAUCUGUUUGUUGAUCUUUCAACAGGAGUCAGUGAUAUAUAUUAUUGAAGUUUGUAAUCAAGGAGAGCUUUUAUAAUCCUAAGAGGACUUGUUGUUUCA